AUGCAUGAGCCCAGCUGGACAGGGGGCUAUGCUUGCCAGCUGCUUGGUGAUGUGAUUGAGCCCUGCAUAUGCUGCAGCAGGGGAUUGCCAGGAUUUAUGGAGGAGAGGCUGUGCCACCUUGAAGCCAAGUCUGCAGCCAGGACAGGUGUUUCUCUGCUUGCCAGUCUGUUUUUAUUGCUGACAGGUUUGAGCACUGGCCAACGGGUGGUGACUGUUCAGAAGGGGCCCCUCUACCGUGUAAGGGGGUCCCACAUCACGCUGUGGUGCAAGGUGAGCGGCUACCAGGGCUCAGCAGAGCAGAACUUCCACUGGUCCAUCUACCUGCCCUCGGCCCCUGAGCGGGAGGUGCAGAUCGUCAGCACCAUCGACCCCUCCUUCCCCUACGCCAUGUACACCCAGCGGGUGCACAGCCGGGGGAUCUACGUGGAGCGGGUGCAGGGGGACGCCGUCCUGCUGCACAUCACCGAGCUGCAGGACCAGGAUGCCGGGGAGUACGAGUGCCACACGCCCAACACCGACGAGAAGUACUUUGGGAGUUACAGCGCCAAGACGAACCUCUCAGUGAUCGCAGACACUCUCUCAGCUUCCAUGGUGCCCCAGGUCCUCACUCGUGCUGAAGGGGAGGCAGUCAGUCUCACUUGUGAGGUGUCAAAGUCCACUGCCCAGCACACACAUCUCUCUGUUGGCUGGUACUGUCUUCAGGGAGCAGGAAAGAGCCGUGCUGAGGAGAUCGUUACUCUCUCCAAGGACUUUGUCUUGAGGCCAGGGCCCUCUUAUGCGCAGAGGUUCCUGGUGGGGGACGUGCGGCUGAACAAGGUUGGGAACACCACGUACACGCUCUCCAUUGAGGGAUUGGAGCCAUCUGACCAGGGACAGCUGUACUGUGAGGCAGCUGAGUGGAUUCAGGAUCCUGAUGAGACAUGGAAGGACAUCUCCCAUAAGCAAACGGAGAGGACAUCGCUGGUGGUCACGAGCCAGGGCAGAGACCUCUCUGUGGACAUCACUGCUGCUGAAAGCUCCCUAUCUGAAGGUGAUACUUUACAGAUAAAUUGCAUGGUAGGAGGCCAGAGGAGCAGCAGUAGGCACUUCCAAGUGCUUUGGCUCCUCGAUGGUGUGGAAGUGGCCAGGCUUGACCCCCAUGGGGUAUUGACUUGGAAGGAAGAAUAUGAGGAGAGAGCCAAACUGGGGCAGCUCCAAGCAUUCAAGCACAGCAACACAGUUUACAUCCUCACCAUCUAUGAGGUGAGGCUGAAGGACAAGGAGAGCCGCAUGCACCUGUCUGUGUCCACCAGCACACCACAAGUCGUGGCAGGAGAUGCCUUGAUCCUCCUUUGCGAGGUGCAAGGAGUGACCGGCACUGUGUCCGUGCAGUGGUGGCACCUGCCCCUGCAGCACCUGGGUCCCUGGGUGCUAGUGGCCACCAUGUCACAGGACGGGACCCUGAGGCUGGGCAGCACCUACCAGGACAACAGGACUCGGGGGAGCCUCCAACUAGAGAAAUCGAGCUCUGGCACUUUCACCCUGGUGAUCCCCAACACAUUGGAUGAGAGUGAUGGCGGAUGGUACAGGUGCAAAGCGACGGAGUGGUCCCGAGGCCAGAGCUGGACAAAGGAGGGAGAUACAACAGUGACAGUCAGAUCCUUGGGUCUUGGUCUGCAUGCCACGCUGAGAAGCCGAAUUGCCACUGUCAGAUAUGGGCAGAGCUUUGAACUUGUCUGCCAAGUCAGCGCCAACUACACCCUCGAGGAGGUGCCGGUGUCUGUGAGGUGGCUUUUCCAGCCCAGCCUGCCCACCAGCAGCUUCCAGGAGCUAGUCCGGGUCUUUCCCAGUGGUAUACUGGCCUGGGGAUCAGCACAGCCACGCUUCAAAGAGAAAGUCCAGCUGAUGAGGACCACCACCUCCUUCACGCUACACAUCCGCAAUGCCGAGGCUGCUGACGAGGGGACUUUCCAGUGUGAGGUGGAGGUCUGGAGGAGGAACACCCUGCCACUUGGGCAGGCAGCAGCCACCACCAGCUCUAAUCUCGUGGGGGUAAAGGUGAUGCUGCCAGAAAGCAAGCUUCAGGUAGCUAUGCAAGAGAGCUCUGUGGAGAUUGCUGAUGGUGCUGACACAGCCAUUGAGUGCAGGAUCCUGUUUGCCCCCAAUAAUUCUCAGUUUGCCGUUACCUGGUACCUCCUACCUCCUGCUCCUGCAGAUGAAAACCCCUUGCAAAUCAUAAGGGCUGAUUACAGCAGCAUACUGGAAUAUGGGGCUGAGUUCAGCUCUCCUGCACAGAAGUCCCGGUUCCUGAGCCACAGGGUAUCCAGCACUGUUUUCUGGCUGCACAUACUCUCUACAAAUGCUGGGGACCAGGGCAGGUACUACUGUGUUGUAGAGGAAUGGCUGUGGCUGGUGGACAGCUGGUACAAACUUGGAGAGGGAGCAUCAGGAAGGACCACGCUGAAAUUCAAGCUCCCAGGGCAUGAACUGCAGCUGGAGAAAACCAACCACAACAUUUCAGCGAGGGAGGGUGAGGAGGUGACACUGCCCUGCCUGCUGCAGGGUGCUCGUCUGCCUGCCGCCCGCCUCUCUGCCACCUGGUUUCGGGAGAGGAGUGGCCACACCAGGCCCCUGCUCACCCUUCAGCACAACGGUGCCAUCGAGUACCCCUGGGAGAGCCUUGCCAGGAGGAUGCACCUGCGCCGUCCCACCCCUGGCGACUUCAGCCUCACGCUGCAGAGAGUGGAGGAGGAAGAUGCUGGGAUGUAUCACUGCCAGGUGCAGGAGUGGCAGCAGCAGAGCGAGGGGAAGGACGAGGCUCUGCAAGCCUCGGGGCGCUCAGGGUACAUCCAGCUCACUACUAUCCUGCCAGAGUCAACUGUUAUGUCUAGGAUCUGUUCAUCCCCAUCACUGCUGAACUUUAUCCUCUACUUACCACUGGUUCUGGUCCUUCUCCUGGUCCUUGCUGUCGUCUUCUGGUGCUUCAAAUUCAACAAAAGCAAGAAGAGCUAUGCCACAGGAGACCAGCUGUUGGAACUUAGCUGA